AUGGAUGCCUCACGAAGCAGAUGGGAUGAAAACAGAUCGAAAAGUAAUUAUUAUCAGGGAGUAUCUCGUGAUAACAGCGUCAGUAGCAGAGAAUGGAAUGGUAACAACGCAGUUUCCAACAUGAACUUUUAUACAGAGCAGAAUACAGUUACUAACAGAACUGAGGAAGAAGUGUCGCGUUAUCGAGAUGAUAAUAAAAUUAUCGUCUUUGGAAGGAAUAUCCCCAAGCCCGUGUUGUCUUUUAGUGAAGCUUCCUUUCCUGAUUACGUAAUGUCAGAAAUCAAUAAUCAAGGGUUUAAACUUCCAACUCCUAUUCAAGCUCAGAGCUGGCCUGUAGGACUAUCGGGGCGAGACGUUGUUGGUAUUGCUCAAACAGGAUCAGGAAAAACUCUAGCCUAUGUUUUGCCUAGCAUCAUCCACAUUAAAAAUCAACCGCCACUGAGACAUGGUGAUGGUCCUAUUGCUUUAAUUUUAUGCCCUACGCGGGAAUUAGCACAGCAGGUGCACAGUGUAUCUACGACUUUUGGCAGAUUGGCUAGAAUCAACUGUGCUUGUAUUUAUGGUGGUUCUCCUAAAGGACCUCAACUUCGCGAAUUGAGCAGAGGGGUUGAAAUUUGUGUAGCUACACCUGGUAGGCUGUUAGAUUUCUUAGAGUCAAGAAGAACGAACCUCAAUCGAUGUAGUUACCUGGUGCUCGAUGAAGCCGAUCGAAUGUUGGACAUGGGAUUUGAACCCCAAAUUAAGCAAAUUAUUGGUUCUAUAAAGUGUCCAAGACAAACCGUUAUGUGGAGUGCCACCUGGCCUAAAGAGAUUCGAACUUUAGCGAGAGAGUUCCUGAGGGAUUAUGUACAAAUCAACAUAGGAUCUUCAGAUCUUACAACUAAUCAUAAUAUUAAGCAAAUCGUAGAAGUUUGCCGGGAAGAAGAAAAGGAAGACAAGUUGUGUAAACUUUUAAGUGAUAUUCUGAGGCAAGAUGAAAAGAAGACUAUCGUUUUUGUUGAAACCAAGAAAAAAUCAGAUUAUUUGUCAAGAAGACUUGUUAGAAGCGGUUGGCCGGUCUUGUGCAUUCACGGUGAUAAGUGCCAAUCUGAGCGUGAUCGUGUACUGUCAGAAUUUCGAUCUGGUAGAAUCCCUGUUUUAAUUGCUACUGAUGUGGCUGCAAGAGGAUUGGAUAUAAGUGAUGUCAAACUCGUCAUUAAUUACGAUUUCCCAAAUAACUCAGAAGAUUAUGUACACCGUAUCGGCAGGACCGCUAGAUCCGGAAAAACGGGAACUGCUUAUACCUUUUUUACUGCCAGUAAUAUUAGGCAAUCACCAAAUCUUAUAGCGUUACUCCGUGAAGCUAAUCAACCGAUAAACCCUGACCUGAUUCAGUUAGGAGAUGCAGCUAGAGCGGAAAUGGCUCAGAAACAUCGUGGUAAAAUGCGAGGCCGAGAUCGAUUUUAUAAUCGUGAUAGGAAUGCCAGUAAUCGUUAUCCUUACGCAAAGUCGAAAUUAUCUGGCUCUUAUAAUUCCUAUGGAAUGAAUAAUUCUCAUGGCGGUUUCAGUGCAAACUAUAAAGCUACAUCUAACUUUAGUAGUAACAGCUUCUCAAAGCAUAAUCGUCCCAGUGAUUUUCACGAUAAAAGUAUGUCUUCCAGCAAAUUUACUAGCCAUACUCCAGCACAAACUGCAAUAGUUGCUACACAGCAGACAACUAAUACUACAAACACAUCCGGAUGGAAUUAUCCAGCUAAUACCAAUAUGUCCUAUACCCCUUCUAGUGGUAGUUCUGUAGCUUCUAGUAAUAAAUACUAUCCUAAUUCUUCCGCUCAGACAGUGUCUAGUGCUGUCAAUUUUAAUGUUGGCAACUCUAUGUACGGAGUUUCGCAACCACAAGUUAAUUAUCAGUCACAAUAUCCUUACAUGGUCGCUAAUAGUUCUAUCUAUCAAGCUCAAACUGCCCCCUCUAGUAAUCAACAGUAA